AUGGCUCCCUCGCUCAUCAUGGACACAUCCGACGAUUUCGUCCUGCCCAGCAAGACUGCCCCGCCACAGGUCGCGCGACGAACUCUUCUGCUUUCGCCGCCAUCGCUAUCCUCGCACCAAGAGAAAUUAACGAAUGUGCUGCAAAUGCACGAUCGGUCGCAGACCGACUUGCAGAUGCUUGACCGACUUGCAAUGGGCCUGGUCUCGCUGCCAGAGUCAACCUACGAGAUUGUCAUGAUCCUGUCAGACGCAGAUGGGACAAGACGUGAGAGCUCCUCGUUGAUCACACGAGACAUGAUGAGCCUGCUGGUUAGGUCGAUGAAGCCUACGGGUGUGUUGCACAGCCAAGAUCAAAGUUAUGGUCAGCGUGAAGGCGCCGAGAAGAAUGAAGCCAUUCUGGCUGGCUUGACAUACGAGCCUGGUCGUGGCUUCGUCAAGCCAGACUACAACAGUCAAGAGACAGUUCCGCUUCGGUGUGGCAAGAGAAAAGCGGUGGCGCAAGCCGCCGGUGGCAUUACAAACGGCGGAACUGGCUCCGUGUCGCUCCCACUCGCGGCGAAGAGGAAAAGCGACGAAGUCACAAAUGGAUUGCCCGCCGGAGUGGGUUUUGAUGACGGCAACGAUUCCGAUGAUGAGCUGAUAGACGAGGACGAGUUGAUGGCUGACGAGGAUCUAAGCCGACCUAUCACUGUCCCGAAGGAAUGCGCACCGAAAGCAAAGCGGAGGCGAGCGUGCAAAGAUUGCACAUGUGGUCUGGCGGCUCGACUUGAAGCAGAGGACAAGGAAAAGCGCGACCAGGCAGACAAGAAUCUCAACACCCUCAAGUUGCAGUCCGACGAUCUUGCUGAAGUUGAUUUCACAGUGGAAGGCAAAGUCGGGAGCUGUGGUAAUUGCAGUCUUGGUGAUGCUUUCCGAUGCGACGGCUGUCCAUAUAUCGGCCUUCCAGCAUUCAAGCCCGGAGAAGAAGUCACGAUCUUGAACAACGAGGUGCAGCUGUGA